CUCUGGCCCUGGAGCUGCUGCUGCUGCUGCUGCUGCUUUUGCUUUUGGGGCUGAGUUUAAUAAGCGAGCGAGCGAGCGAACGCGGGGGGAAAAAGGCAGAGAAUGUCCGCCAUCUACCCUCCGCUCCUGGGCGCGCUCUCAUUCAUAGCAGCCUCUUCAUGAAUUACAGCUGAGGGGGGCGGGGGAGGGGGGUACCACACAACACCCCAGCAAACCUCCGGGCCCCCAGGCAUGGCUAGCUCGUGUGCCGUGCAGGUGAAGCUGGAGCUGGGGCACCGCGCCCAGGUGAGGAAAAAACCCACCGUGGAGGGCUUCACCCACGACUGGAUGGUGUUCGUGCGCGGCCCGGAGCACAGUAACAUACAGCACUUUGUGGAGAAAGUCGUCUUCCACUUGCACGAAAGCUUUCCUAGGCCAAAAAGAGUGUGCAAAGAUCCACCUUACAAAGUAGAAGAAUCUGGGUAUGCUGGUUUCAUUUUGCCAAUUGAGGUUUAUUUUAAAAACAAGGAAGAACCUAAGAAAGUCCGCUUUGAUUAUGACUUAUUCCUGCAUCUUGAAGGCCAUCCCCCAGUGAAUCACCUCCGCUGUGAGAAGCUAACUUUCAACAACCCCACAGAGGAGUUUAGAAGAAAGUUGCUGAAGGCAGGAGGGGACCCUAAUCGGAGUGUUCAUACCAGCAGCAGCAGCAGCAGCAGCAGCUGUAGCAGCAGCAGCAGCAGCAGCAGUAGCAGUAGCAGCAGCAGCAGUAGCAGCAGCAGCAGCAGCAGCAGCAGUAGCAGCAGCAGCAGCAGCAGCAGCAGUACCAGUUUUUCAAAGCCUCACAAAUUAAUGAAGGAGCACAAGGAAAAACCUUCUAAAGACUCCAGAGAACAUAAAAGUGCCUUCAAAGAACCUUCCAGGGAUCACAACAAAUCUUCCAAAGAAUCCUCUAAGAAACCCAAAGAAAAUAAACCACUGAAAGAAGAAAAAAUUGUUCCUAAGAUGGCCUUCAAGGAACCGAAACCCAUGUCAAAAGAGCCAAAACCAGACAGUAACUUACUCACUAUCACCAGUGGACAGCAAGAUAAGAAGGCUCCUAGUAAAAGGCCCCCCAUUUCAGAUUCUGAAGAACUCUCAGCCAAAAAAAGGAAAAAGAGUAGCUCAGAGGCUUUAUUUAAAAGUUUUUCUAGUGCGCCACCACUGAUACUCACUUGUUCUGCUGACAAAAAGCCCGUAAAAGAUAAAUCUCAUGUCAAGAUGGGAAAGGUCAAAAUUGAAAGUGAGACAUCAGAGAAGAAGAAAUCAACUUUACCACCAUUUGAUGAUAUUGUGGAUCCCAAUGAUUCUGACGUGGAGGAGAAUAUGUCCUCUAAAUCUGAUUCUGAACAACCCAGUCCUGCCAGUUCCAGCUCCAGCUCCAGCUCCAGCUUCACACCAUCCCAGACCAGGCAACAAGGUCCUUUAAGGUCUAUAAUGAAAGAUCUGCAUUCCGAUGACAAUGAGGAGGAAUCAGAUGAGGCAGAGGAUAAUGACAAUGACUCCGAAAUGGAGAGACCUGUAAAUAGAGGAGGCAGCCGAAGUCGCAGAGUUAGCUUAAGUGAUGGCAGCGACAGCGAAAGCAGUUCUGCUUCUUCACCCCUACAUCACGAACCCCCGCCACCCUUAUUAAAAACCAACAACAACCAGAUUCUUGAAGUGAAAAGUCCAAUAAAGCAAAGCAAAUCAGAUAAGCAAAUAAAGAAUGGUGACUGUGACAAGGCAUACCUAGAUGAACUGGUGGAGCUUCACAGAAGGUUAAUGACACUGAGGGAAAGGCACAUUCUGCAGCAGAUUGUGAACCUUAUAGAAGAAACUGGACACUUUCAUAUCACAAACACGACAUUUGAUUUUGAUCUUUGCUCCCUGGACAAAACCACAGUCCGUAAACUACAGAGUUACCUGGAAACAUCUGGAACAUCCUGAGGAUACCACAACUGGAUGCAUCAAAAACUAUUGUUUGUUUUUUUUGGUUGUGAUUUUUUUUGUUUGUUUAUAUGAAAACACUCAGAAUGAUGCAACCAAAAGGGAAAAAAUAAAAAUCAAACAACCUUCAGCUUUAUUUUUCUUUAAAGCCAGUCAUCAUCUCUUGAUAAAGGAGAGGUUAAGCAAACCAGCCUCAGCGGACCACUCUUCUCUCCAAGGAAAUCCCCGGGAAGAGUCAGCCUGGAUAGCCUUGAAAACAAACAGAUCAAACACAACACAAGAAAACUUAAAGAAUGUGUCUGGUAUCAUGUCUCUCUCUCUGUGGUGAUUCAUUCCACAGGACGAAUGCAUAUUCAACACACUGCCUUAUUACAUAACUGAUCUAUUUAUUAUCACAUACAGAUAUUCUAAAGUCGUUGAGGGAAUGACACCACAAGACAUUUUAAGUACUUGGUCCCGUGGAUGCUCUUUCAAUGCAGCGCCCUUGCCAUCCCAAGCCCAGUGACCUUACUCGUAUACUGUGCUACUCUCCACCAACUUUUUCCAAGUCCUUUUACUUGUUGCAGUCUAUAUUUUCCACCUUUUGUUUUUCCAGUUCCAGGACUCAGAUUAUCAACUGGGGGGACCAAAUAACCACCCUGAUUUUCUUCUUUGUGGUCUUUUUUCCUGAAAGUUGGGGCCCAGUCCUUGGCUGUAUCCAUAUAAUGAUCUUGGACCAUGGUAGAAAAUGCACCAAAUAGGAUCAUAUGAAUUGCUGUUUAGCCUUAGUCAAUAAACCUGUAGGACUUUUAAACAAAAGUGUUCUUGUAAAUGUCCUGCAUCCAGCAUCGUUGAGCUGUCAUCAACAUUCUUGUGUCUGUUUUACUGUUAUAAUAUUAGAUAAAUAUGGAAGCAAAGGCAUUCCACAGGAUCAUCAUUUUAAAAAAGGAAUUCUGGUUCUGUUUUCUAAAGAAAUGUUGUAGAAAUUCUUAAUUUGGAUCUAUUUAUUAGUAAGAGUUUCAGCUUUCUUCAGCUGCCAGUGUGUUAUCCAUCUUUACCAUAAACCCUGGAAUAAGAUUUUUGUUUGUUCACAUAUGAUCCUCUUAGACUCUUUUAUAUUUGGAAAAUUAAAAUCUUUCUUUGGGGGAAACAUCUUGGUUCUUCUGCCAUAACAGACUGUGUAUUAACUUGUAGAUUCAGUGGUUCGAUACUGUCUAGUCACUCGUGUUUCCAGAAGGAUUUCUUGUAAUGGUGAAAAUAAAGAUGGUUGGGGAGGGGGGGAUAUUUUUGUUCUCAAUGUACCCUGUUUUGAAACUAGAAAUCUGUCCUGUGGCAUGCAAAAGAAAGCAAAUUAUUUUUAAAAGAAAAAAAAAAAAAAACCAAAGUACUUUUGGUGUCAUUAUUCCAUCCUCUCCAUAAAUGGAGAAAUGCAAAAUGAGAACCGCUCAACGUCCAAGUUUUUGCUGGGAACUCAACCGAAAAGAAAAGAAAUGAAGAAAUGCUUCUGGAUCCAAAGGUUCGUUCACUGGAUCAGCCUUAAGAAAGUCUCUAUGUGUGCUAAUAGACCAGUAUCUCCGUCGUUUAUUCCCAUGCCAGAUGCUGUCUUUUCAUACAGAGAUUAACUAGUGUCUGUACAGAAAAUGGUCUUUCCAGACCCAUUCUUUUGGGCAGUAAUGUAAAUGCAGAUGGAUAAUGGAGUUAUUUCUGCAUUUUAAAAAGGGGAUUUUUUACAUUGUUUCUUUCUAUCCAAAGACACUAUUUUUUCCUUUAAAAAGUUACAAUACAGCCAUGCUCCUUGUAAAUUACUUCUCUGAAGCAUCCUCCUGAGGACAAGUGUACUUUUUCAAUAAUGUUACGAUUCUUGAUGAUUGGCAUGAACUGUCCUUGAAGCUUUUGGUGUGUAGUCCACCGUCAAUGUUUAAUUACAGAGAAACUUUCCGAGUCAUUUUGGACAUUAGGUGACUGAUGGAUUGUGUGGUUUUAGUUGUGUUUUGUUUUAUUUUUAACUUUACAGGUGGAAGUGGGGGGAGGGCAAUGCUUAUCUGGAAUUGUUUGCAAAAUUUAAACAUCUUUUAAAAUUUCUAACUGCUAAUCCACAUAUUCUAAUUAAGGCAGAAGUGUAUGUGGUUUAACUAAAAUACCUGUGUAGUUUAACUAGAAAUGUAUAUAUGUAGUUGGGGCCCUUUUUAUUUUUGUAACUAAAUUGUGUGGCGAAAACUAUGGUUUGGCAAUGUAAAAGAUUUUUUGUCCCUUAGGAUACUAACCAAGAAACUAGGUAACAUAAGAAAUGAGCAAACGAAAAAGACAACAAGAAGCAAACCUUUUACAGUGAUAAACUUGAGACCUAAAAUUUAGGUAAUAAAGCAAGCGUCUUCAGAAUAUUGUCAAAAUGUAUGUUUGUAAAUUGGGAACGAAAUUCAGGAAAAUUUACCCGUGUGCUUCUCACGGAGACAACAAAAUGAAUUUUCUAUGAUAUUCCCAUAGAGUAAGAGUAUAUUGUUAAUUUUUUAGAAAAAAAUCAACUCUUGCUCUCAGCUAAUUUUUAAAUGCAGAAAUAAUAAAUCUCAAUUAAUUUCAAAUAGUUAUAUGUCUCGUAAAGUAACCCACUCAGUUCUGCCACGUUUAUAUACACUCAACUUUGAGACCUGUUAAAAAAUAUUUUGACACAUGUAUCCCAACAGUGGCUUUGGUUUUUUAAGCACAAAGGAAAAAUGGCAGGGUUUAAUUUCUUUAGUGUAUAUAUAUAAAUAGAUGUUUCAAAUAAAAUUAAUUGGGUGAGGGUGAAUAUGGUUUGAGCAAGCUAGAGUGUAAUAAACUUUCUUUAACUUUUCCCCCAGUACUUUGAGGGCGAAAUAAAUUAUGUACAGAACGUUUUUCCCCUUAUAAAUUAGCUUUUGCCUCUGGUUUUGCAGCAGGAUGUGUAUGAAAGGGGGAUGGUUCUGUCUUAGCGUAUAGCAGUCAUGUUAGCGACAGAAAUGUUCACGGUUAUUUUGUACCUUCACCGUAAUGCACCUCUCUCGCUAUCCUUAUGUAGACAAAUAGCGUGUCUUUAUAUGCUCGCAUGUUGUGUCAGGGUACUGAAGAACAUAAAAACUUGAAGAGACAAAAAUUCUGGAAGAAAAAAAAAAUCUUAACAGAGGUGUCUAAACAUUUUUAAGUUGCUAAGCAAAUCUCUCUAAUCUGAAUAAUUACCCCCCGUUUUAUGGGAAGAACCAAUAAAAUUGGUUUUCUUCCUCUGAAAAAUUUCUUCCACCAAAAAUGUUUCUGCUGAUACCUUUUACAGACCCAGCUAAUCUUCAAAAAAUACAGUUUAGGCCUGCAUAAAGUGCCAUGUACUGUUUCAAGCGCCACACAUUUAACAAGUUAACAUACUUGUUUAAGAAAGACUUUAUUCUUAAGUGUUUGAGCUCUAUGUAGGUAAUGGAGUUGGAUGUCCAGUGUUGGAAAUGGUCAAUGUUUGUGUUUAGUGGCUUGUGUUCAAUUUUCUCUCUGUGGAAGUGAUCAGCUCUGGAGUAGUUUGCUGUGCCCUCGUUACUUUCCACCUUUGGUGUUCUGUGUACUAAUGCUGUGUACCGCAUACACACACACACACAUAUGAUGAUCUUGUUUCAGACUGUUGCUCUAAAACCAGAACUAUGAUGUAGAGACAACUACAGCUGCAAUGAAUGUUGAGGAGUCGAUUCCCAUGGUUUAGUUUAGGCCUGGGCUGGAAAUCUACAUCUUUUGACCUCUUUUGUUUUAUAUAAUGAUUUUUAUUAUGGAGGCACUUCCUUCCCUGAAUAUCCUUGUAAAGAUGCAUUGAAGAAGUCAAUUUAAAAGGAAGACAAAGCCACCGCUGUCUGUAAACUGUAAAUAUGUAUUUUGGCACUUGUACUCCAGUAUUCUGAAAAUAGAGUUAUGAUGGAAAUGCUGACAGAUCCUUAACGGUGGCCAGAGCUACCAUGCAGUGCAAAAAUAAAUUAAGUAAAAAUGUAUUCUUGAGAUUAACAGUGCAAGGCCAAUACGUUUUAUAAAUCUGUCAGUAUCUUUUUUCAUGGAGCGUGUAUGUGUAGCUAUGUUGAAAGAUACACUGUGUAUGUGUGUAUAGAUGCUAUUAUGUGAACUACAAGGCAUUCGUAAGAUGUAUUUCCCAUCUCUAAAACCCAUGUUGAAAUGUAAGUGCAGAUGGACAGAAAUAGGUGUUUUACUUAAAUUCAUAUCUGAUCUAUUGUGGCUCCAUUUUCUUUACGAUGUAUAGUCUUGCUAUUUGUUAAGAGUCGUUCGACCAAAGUUUGGUUUUGCUUUACACAGAAAAACAUGAGGCCCUAGCCUUUCUCAAGCAGUAAUGCUGAGAGGUGAGAACCAGCUGAAGGUACAGUCCACAGCCCGUUCUCUUGAGUCCUCAGUGUCUGGUACCAUUUUCUGCAUCCUACAACCACUGUGUUUUUUAAGCUCUGCAGAGAUGGGCAAGAAAUGGUAGGGCACGUUCUUGGAAUAAACCGGGUUACUUGUGCAUGAUAUAUUUUUUUUCCCCUCCCUAUUUCUCUAGAAGGUUUGGUUCACAAACUAAACAGUGUGGUAUCUCUAGACAAUGUCAAUCUGACAAAGGCCCUGCAUUUACUUUAGCAGCAAGAAAUGCUACCUUGAUUAGACAGGAAGGAGAGACACUACUUCAGCAAAAGAAUAGAAUACUUUCAGUUUGGCAAAUAACCAAGGAACUGGACAUAAUGCUCUACUUAAUAGUAGAGACUUACGUCAAAUUUGAGACACUCGCCUUAUCUUCAGGCCCAUAAGCCUUUGAGGAGAUUAUAGUGGACUGCCUCGUAUCUUAUCAACU